GAUUGAUCUACUUUCACGCGCAAUUUGGUCUUUGACAGUCAGCAAGACAGCUACGCAGGCGCUUACGUGAAGCUGAGGGCGCAUCUGAUCGCGACUGCGCCAUAAUGUCGAACGACCUUUCGAGUCGUAUGUGAAGCCGCGCCUUGUCAUACAAAACAUUCAGGCGAAUAUCAUGAUUGACCAUCUGCUGGGACGACCCUCGACGAACUGGCGCCGGACACAAGUCUUUGUCGUCAUCGGCUUCUGGUCAUGGUAUCUGAAGACGCGAGAUGGGAGGGGUCCGCCCCUGCCGCUCGUGCGCAGAUUAAACGCAUUGCUAGAUCGAUUCACGCCAUGGCAGAUCAUCAUCGGCAUCCUCACUUUCGUCUAUUCCUUCAGGCAUUUCGAUGACUUGCUCGGCCUGUCAGCGCCUGAGCCACUCGCUAAGCUGUAUUCGCGCAAGUUCUACCGAGCAACGUGGAUAGCUACCGCGUUCGAUGCAGGCUUCGCAACAGCCAUGACAAUCAAGCCCAAGUGGUUGCGAGACUUUGCUUCCAUCCUAUUCAGUGGCUAUUAUGUCCUCUUUGCAAACGAGGCAGACGAAAAGUUGAGAAAAUACAGAGCAGUCGCAACGAUAGAAAUGCUCAGAUGUACUUGGGAAAAGACUAGCAAUCCUUACAUUCGCUUCUUCACUGCCGGAGACCGGCCUCGUAUCACAGUUUCUAAGCGUUUCACACUGGACCGUCCAGCAGGAUCGCGCUAUAAGCGUCCCAUCUCAGUCUAUCUCUACUACGCGCUCCCAGAAGCAGGUCUAGAGCAUUGUCGAGACCUCAUCCUUGACUUUCCAGGGGGUGGCUUCAUCUGCAUGACGCCCGAACACCACGAAGAGCGAUUGCUACGGUGGGCAAUCAGGACGGGCAAGCCGAUCCUUGCUCUCGACUACUGCAAGGCGCCAGAAUAUCCUUAUCCCUAUGCAAUCAACGAGGCGCUCGAUCUGUACCGCUUGUUGCACGAGACGAAGGGCUCAGUCAUUGGUUUCAAGACCAACGACAUCAACAUUGUGGUCACGGGCGAUUCUGCGGGCGCAAAUCUAGCCACCGUCAUGGUCAUCAAGCUACUUGAAGAAGAAAAGUCGAAGCGAUUGCCCCUACCGCUCAGUCUGAUCUAUGCCUAUCCUGCUCUCGAUUUCAACUACACCUCAUGGAUGCCUCCAAUGAAUUUGAAGGCGCUGCAGCAUGACCUGUCGACAGCCAAUCUGUCGGGUAUCCUGCAUCAAAAGGAUCAUCUCAGCCAUUGCAGCCCGCUGAGUGUAGUGGACGACGUACCCCGUCCACGCUCAAGAUCAAAGGGUCGCAAGCGGCUCAGCUUGACACGCAGUAUGACCAGACUAGGCCUCUUUUCCCCUGCCAACAAGUCAAAGGGUAGUGAGAAGGACGAGGAUGCGGCAUCAAAUGCUGAUGUUGAGCCGGAGGAAGACGAGCUGCCGCUGGAAGCGAGAGCAGAGACGGCAGAGGAGGAGACACCUCGUUCGCUCGAGCUGACCAGAAGCGACAGCAGCAGGCGCAUUCUCGGCACGCGCCUAACAAUGACCAGUCGGGUCGGAUUUUUCAAUGAUCGUAUAAUUAGUCCAAGCAUGAUGCGCGCCAUGGCGCUAUGCUAUGUCGGUCCUCAGCACUGCCCAGACAUGGCAACGGACUAUUAUCUCUCGCCCGUCGUCAUGCCGGAGCAUCUGCUGGCUCGAUUGCCACCCAUGAAGAUCUGCGUUGGCGAACGUGACCCUUUGGUGGACGAUUCACUUGUUAUGGCAGGACGAAUCCGUGAGGCAAAGCAAGCAAGACGUUCACAAGCCCUGCUGCGCCAAAGAUCCAAGCACGGCGAGUCAUUGAGGAUGAGCUCGCAAGCCCAAGCUUCGGAUCCAAUCAUCGACCAGACCGAAGAUGACUGGAUUGAGCUCAGAAUAAUCGAAGGCUACAGCCACGGCUUCCUACAGAUGUUGCAGCUCUUGCCAGAAGUCGCAGGAACGAUCGAUUUCAUGGCUGACUGGAUCUCAGAGACAUUUAAGGCAGCGCAUGCUGAGCGACGUCUAUCAACUGGACAGAAGCUCGCUUUCACACAAUCGUCGCAUACUAAGUCUGGUGCAAGCGACCCCCGUGCGAAGGGGCAAUCGGGCGAGUCGGAGUCGUUCGAUGAUCUGCUGAGCUUCACACCUAGGCGACGCGUCUCGAACAAUGUCUCCCGAUCAGGAACACCAACACAGGCGCACCCGAAUGACUCUUCGCCGCUGCCUAGGCGCUCGACGGGUGCACGAGCUGCUGCAUCUUCAUCAGACGAGACCGUCGGUCCGCACACGCCCAACGAUGACGAAGAUGGACAGUCUGAUAUCGAAGCGCAUCUGUCUGUCAAUAAGACGCCCAAGAAUAAGGCUGCCGUUGCAAGUCAACUAAUCAAAUCUGCGCACGAGCGCGCAUUGCGGACAAUUGCUGAUGACACAAAUCUACAAGCAUCUCAAACUUCGCUCAAAACGCUAAGCUCUACCCCGUCGCGCACCAGCAGCCCGGCGCCGCCUUUUGUAGACGCGUCGUCUUUGCUGCGCAAGAGAAGGGACGAGAUCAUCGAAGGCAUGCAAGGAGCGCCUGCCGAUUCUAUCACGAGCCCUUAACGAGCCGAUAUGUCG